CUUGGAAAAAAGAUUGUCUCUAUAAGAAACCCACCAAAACAGAGCCAAAAUUGGAGAAUACGAAGCGACUUCACAGCUUUAACCAUUAUUCAAGAAAAAGAAAGCUCUUCGUCAAUGGAAAAUGUUUCACCUUCCUCACCGAUCAAUCCACACUUCUUCCAGCCUCUUCUUCCUGGAUUCCACAGCUACCUCAACAUUCCCAUGCGUUUCUUCUUAAGGCACAUAGAUGGACCAACAAACGAGGACAAUGCGGUGGUGAAGCUGAGAUCGGACGUUUCUGAUAUAACCUGGCAAGUGAAGAUGGAAGGUCGGAGACUCACCAAAGGCUGGAAAAAGUUCGCCGCCAGCCAUGACCUCCGAGUCGGCGACAUAGUUGUUUUCAGACAUGAUGGAGGUUUGUUGUUCCAUGUCACGUGUUUUGGACCAAGCUGCUGUGAGAUUCAAUAUGAUUACGAUGAUGUUAUUCAAAUAUCCUCUGAUUCAGAUUCAGAGAAUAAUCAGAACAUAGCAGAUGAAGGAUCUUCAUCAGAUCAUCACUCUUGUUUUGUAGCACGUGUCACCGCAUCGAAUCUACGCAAAGAUAGUCUGUUUCUCCCUAGAGGUUUCUCAAGAUCUAAUGGUUUGAUGAAACGUAAGUGUGAGAUCAUUCUAUUGAAUGAAGAUGGGAUACCAUGGAAAUUGAUCCUGAGUCAUAAACCAGACGGCGAGGUUUACAUCAGAUUAGGUUGGAGAAGUUUCUGCUUCGAAAAUCGACUAAGAGUCAACGAUGUUUUAUCACUUAAGCUUGUGCAAACCGGUACAACACCUGUUCUCCAGCUUUGUUCUUCUUCUACGACGAGCCAAAACAGAUUCUUGACACUAACUCUCAAACCAUACAAUCUCAAGAAGUACAAACUAUGUCUACCGGGGACAUUUGUGAAGGCGAAUGGUAUCGAGAGAGCGAGGAAAAUAACUCUCGUGGAUCAAUACAAUAUCAAACGGACGACGAGUCUUAAACCGGACGACAAACAUGGAAAAAUGAGAUUGGGAAAAGAGUGGAGAGAGUUUUGUUAUGUUAAUGGAGUGAAUAUAGGUGAGUCCUUCAAGCUAGAAAUCAUCAAGGAAACAGAAGACACAGCUACUCAUCUACUUAAGUUCUGCUCCAAAGUCGUCAACUUUCCCUGAGUUUGUAUUGCUUUUGUAGAAUCUACCUAAAAUGUACUUUGUUUUGUGGUUUUGGCUGGUUUGUAACGAGGUUUUAGCAGU